CAAGUACAACAACUACACGACAUCAUUCCGGUUUCUAAGUAUAUCAAUACCUGAACCUGUUUCAUGCCAGCAGUCAAAAAUCUUAAACCAUGGUCGUCCUAAACGUGGCGUCGCAAACGCCACAAAAGUUUGACAUCCCGGAUCCUCCAACCGUUUCCCCGGACGCAGCCGGCGACUACUUUUUCAACCCAAACAGCAGAUCUGCGGCGUCUGGCUCAUCGGGGAGGAAAGAUUACCCAAAUUACCCGAACCCAAACGCGUAUAACGGGAAUGGGUAUAACAAGUACGCCGGUGGCAACCAACCCUUAAACGACAGUACAACGUACGGUAGAGUACACGAUUACACGAGAAAUGGUGGCGCGGCGUCAAAAGCCUUGCUGCUUUUCAAGGCCGUGCAACACAACCAACAUGUCUUGGUGGCACAGAAUCUGGAAGAGGGGGCGGAUUUUCAGGUAGUUUGUUACAAGUGUUUGUUUCAUGUUGUGGUCGCAUGAUAAUUCAUAACUCAAGAUCGUUGCUGCGCUGAGCGCAAUACAGUUUGUGCGCUCCGAACCGCACAACACCGUAUCCUACAUCGCUCGAAAAAACAACAACCCUAUGGAGCAAAUCGACAACAACCCUAUUACAGGCAUACUACCCCAUGGAGCAGAUCGACGGGCGCACCGCCCUCCGCGUCGCGUGCAAACAGGGCAACAUCCGCCUAACGAGGUUACUAGCGUGCGAGAGGAAAGCGAAUUUAUUCCUUUACCUGCAGAAGGACCGUAUGCAAGAAGGAAACUGUGUUAAUAGUGUAAGUUAAAGUUUCUUUGGCUGACAGCAUGACAAAUUUGCUCUACAUGACAGAGAAAGCCUGCCAUGCGUGGCUUGUAAGGGAAAACACACAUGAAAAGAGGACAUCAUGGCUGUCUGGCAUGACAGAUGUCGCUCUGUUGCAUGUUCUGCAUUACAGAGUUACACUUACACAGUUUUAGUUUUUUUCUUGCAUAGACCGGUGGACGUGCUUACAUUCCGCGGCGUACCACGGGCACGAGCACAUCCUGAAGCUGUUGCUGCAGGAGGAUUGUUGGUGCAAUUUGAAUACCGGGAAUACGCAGCAGGAUUGGGACCACGUAGGCAACGCUGGUGAGCCGAACGCCGCCGCGUUAAGUAAUUUGGUAGCGAAAAUCAUUCGGGUUAAUGUUUUGAUACUCUUGCAGCUUCACGACCAGCUCUUCCUGUUCCUUCGACAUGAUAGGCUGCAUGAUGUUGAGGUACAACAACCCAAAUGCUUAAAUGUCGACCGCAGAUGAAACAAGAGCUGAGCGUUUAUUUUGCACAACAUCAAACCACAAACCCUUACACGGUUUUCCUUUCCAUACUCCCAACAUGGACGGGUUUUCCCUGCUCCACGUGCUCUGCGAAAUCAUCAACUCGAACCUUCCAAACGGCGGUUCCGACCUGUUAAAAUGGGCUUUGGCAAACAACAUUGGCGGGAUGGUGAACACGAAUGAUUUGAUCGACCGGGAUUUCUUCUCUUAUGCAUUGCAAAAGUAUCGUAAGUACCCGUAUGAAUGCAAGUCUUGCAUUACAAAUCUUUUUCCUAAGGGAAAACAGCAUUACAAAUCCCACUUCCCUUCUUGCCAAAAUUUGUGAUGCAAUUUAUACUAGUACGAUGCCUUUGCAAUGCAUACCUCUCCAUCAAAAGCAAAAGCGCGGCAUUUAAAUUUCAUGACGCCCGACGUGAAGACGCAGCGGGAUGUUAGGUAUGAACUGCAAAAGUAUCGUACUAGUACAAAUUGCAUUACAAAUUUGCUCAGCAUGAGAAAUGGGAUUUGUCAUGCUGUUUUACUUUGAAAAGAAGAUUUGUCAUGCAUAUACUGCAAUAAGUACGACUACGAAACUUUUGCACAGGAUACUAGGGACACCGACGCAACCGCCACAGCCGGGAUAAACAUCGCCAGUAAGAGAGCGGGGUUUGAAAACUGGACGCCGCUACACUUGUGCGCAGCACGGGGGAAGAUAAAGUCGAUCAUACAACUACUGCGGUUCGGCGCGGAUUUACAUUGCAGAACGGGGGAUUUCGUCUUACAUUUGCCCGGGUUCCAGAGCUUGUGUCAGGGAGACAUAGUGGCGCAUGCAGGUACUAUCAGUUUUGGUACGAUUGAGAUUGAGUUCGUGUUUUGCUUCUGGUUCAGUUUCGCAAAUCAAUCCUGGUAUUAGUUUCGGCAUCUGCACGAGUAUUCUGUUGAUAUCAUCGGGCCGCGCAUCAAGCGAAAGUUUGACUCCUGAUGUGCAUCAUUUUUUAGCAACAUUCCAAACCCACCAACAUCAGACUACCCGGCCCUCAAUUCCGCCGCACCGGAGGACCAGCGCAGUCCGACAAGGAACCCGGCUAUUUUUGGCACGAAAGAGUUUGAGGACUUUUCCAUCGAUAUCAAAGGGAAAAAGCCCCCCUCCCCAUAUCGAAACGAAGUUUCUGAUGCUGGAUUUGCGUACACAAAUCCGGUCUGUCUUGCUGGAGAGGACUGCAGGCAUAUGCCAAGCCUGGGUCGAGGGGUUUUGACGUAGGGGACUAGCAUGACAGACGUCGGCCCUGUAAGCCCAACAGCAUCACAAACCGCCGGCACAAUCCGGCGGACUCUCUGGCUUUGCCUUCUUGCAAGACAGACAGGAUUUGUGACCUCAAAUCUGCAUCACAAAUUUUCAGAUGCAUGCGUUUUCAAUAUGGGGAGGGGGGAUUUUUCCUCUCAAUAAUCGACAACGGACUCCUCCCCAUCCACCUAGCGGCCUUCGGGGGGCAUUUGCGCACGCUGCAAUUUCUGCUCCAAUAUGAAAUGCACAAGCAUCGUAUUGCAAUACAAACUUCUUCAGCAUGAGAAACGAAAUUUGUAAUGCGGAUUUAGCUUAAAAACAAGAUUUGUAGUGCAUGUCUGCAAUUAGUACGAGUACGAUACUUUUGCAAUGCAUAUCCAACACGGCCAGAAUAUCAACGCGACGACAAAACGGUACCGGUGGACACCGCUUUUCUUCGCGGUUUGGAACAACCACCACGCAAUUGUGAAGGAAAUCUGCCGGAACGGCGGGAGAAGGUUUUUGAACUGCACAGAUAGACGAGCGGACUCGCAGUGGACGGUCUUGGCUCUCGCGGUCGCGGGUCGUGGCGAUAUCGACAUGAUCCAGAUGCUCAUUGCCUACGGCGCCGACCCGUUGGUCCGAUUAUGAAAUGCAAUAAGAUGUCUGGGUCCGGAAACCUGUAAUGCUAGGUUGUGAUUAGUGAAUGCUCUCUCAUGCACAGCCAAGCAUGAGAAAUAUUUGCGCGGCUUAGUGUUGCCCUUUUCGCAUGACAAACUGCGUUUUUGCAUGACAAGAAAAAGGGUCUCUUCUUGGACGCGCAUCACAAACUCUGCAAUCAUGCCAGACCAGCAUGACAAACUCUGUUUCCUUCCAGACCCAGACCACAUAUUUGCACUUCAUACCGCCUGCGGAUGCACGAUUUCCCGGGGAACAAGUUCACCUACCACAAGACGGCGCACAGUACGAACGAGGGCCUGGAGAACUGGAGCAGCAAUGAUUACCGCGUGGGCUUGUUACACCUCGCCGUGGUGAGAGGAGACGUGGACAUUUUGAAAUGCUUAGUCCCGCUGGUCAGAACAGCGCACUUCACGCCAAUAAAACUCGCGUCGGUGCCGAUAUUGACGCAGAAGGCGUUAGGUGGGAGCAGUGCCAGUGCAGCAGCAGGGUCGCAGCAGCAGCAAAACGGAGCAAACAGUGCAGCGGCAGUAGUGCCGGGUACAAGUAGUCAGCGGAACAUGAAUAGUUUGAACGUUUUAACCCAGCCCUCGAAUUCCUCCCCUAGCUUACCCCAGUCGAGAUCAACGUCGUUAGGGGCUAGUAACAGGACGAGGAAGUCGACAAAUCAAAACUUCUUAACCCCCCGCCCGUCGCCCAGCAAGCAGCUUUUCGGGACGAUACAAUCCAACAACACGGCGACAACCACCUGCCCAUCGAGUAGACAAACGACAAAAAACCACCUCUCUGCGUCCCAGCUACACCACACGGCGGUCAACCCUUUGGUUUCCGCCUUGGAGCGGACUAGCACGAACAUCGGCAGAGAAGCGUUGGUACGGGCGAAGAAGAAAUCCAAUUCUUUGCCGGUGGAAGAAAAGCUAGAUUCCGACAAUGGCAACUGCGCGGACCCGCUGUUUUUUCAGACCAGCGAGGGUUGGAGCCCGCUGACGUUGGCGAUUCAGCUGCAAGUAGUGGACCCGAACGCGCAUCUGGGAUACGAAUUCAUCACGUGUGGAGGUACUUACGUGUUACGGCAUAGAAUUAGAAACAUUAUACACUGUUCUGGUUGAUGUACUUGUUUUUGGGGUGUUGAAAAAGAAAAUGGAAAUGCAAACUAGUUUGUGUUUUUGUGCCUCCGUCGUGUCCGUGUGAGCAGUCCGCCACGUUGAGAAGUAACAGACCUCCACGUUCAUCUCCACCGGACACAUGGAGCAAAAGCCGCGUUCUGGGCUUCCAAAUCGUCAGCAUAGCCUGCUGCCAAAUCGUCGAUGGCCAGGGCACUUGGCCAUCACUCCUGGCCAUCACUUUCCGGGCGGGAAGAGUGAUGGCCAGGACACUUGGCCAUCACUCUUGGCCAUCACUCUCCGCUCGGGCAGAGUGGUGGCCAAGAGUGAUGGCCAGGGCACUUGGCCAUCACUCUUGGCCACCACUUUCCGGGCGGGAGGAGUGAUGGCCAGGACAGUUGGCCAUCACUCUUGGCCAUCACUCUUGGCCAUCACUCUCCGCUCGGGCAGAGUGAUGGCCAAGAGUGACGGCCAGGGCACUUGGCCAUCACUCCUGGCCAUCACUCUUGGCCAUCACUUUCCGGGCGGGAGGAGUGAUGGCCAGGACAGUUGGCCAUCACUCUUGGCCAUCACUCUUGGCCAUCACUCUCCGCUCGGGCAGAGUGAUGGCCAAGAGUGAUGGCCAGGGCACUUGGCCAUCACUCCUGGCCAUCACUCUUGGCCAUCACUUUCCGGGCGGGAGGAGUGAUGGCCAGGACAGUUGGCCAUCACUCUUGGCCAUCACUCUUGGCCAUCACUCUCCGCUCGGGCAGAGUGAUGGCCAAGAGUGAUGGCCAGGGCACUUGGCCAUCACUCUUGGCCAUCACUCUCCGGGCGGGAGGAGUGAUGGCCAGGACAGUUGGCCAUCACUCUUGGCCAUCACUCUUGGCCAUCACUCUCCGCUCGGGCAGAGUGAUGGCCAAGAGUGAUGGCCAGGGCACUUGGCCAUCACUCCUGGCCAUCACUCUUGGCCAUCACUUUCCGGGCGGGAGGAGUGAUGGCCAGGACAGUUGGCCAUCACUCUUGGCCAUCACUCUUGGCCAUCACUCUCCGCUCGGGCAGAGUGAUGGCCAAGAGUGAUGGCCAGGGCACUUGGCCAUCACUCCUGGCCAUCACUCUUGGCCAUCACUUUCCGGGCGGGAGGAGUGAUGGCCAGGACAGUUGGCCAUCACUCUUGGCCAUCACUCUUGGCCAUCACUCUCCGCUCGGGCAGAGUGAUGGCCAAGAGUGAUGGCCAGGGCACUUGGCCAUCACUCCUGGCCAUCACUCUUGGCCAUCACUUUCCGGGCGGGAGGAGUGAUGGCCAGGACAGUUGGCCAUCACUCUUGGCCAUCACUCUUGGCCAUCACUCUCCGCUCGGGCAGAGUGAUGGCCAAGAGUGAUGGCCAGGGCACUUGGCCAUCACUCCUGGCCAUCACUCUUGGCCAUCACUUUCCGGGCGGGAGGAGUGAUGGCCAGGACAGUUGGCCAUCACUCUUGGCCAUCACUCUUGGCCGUCACUCUCCGCUCGGGCAGAGUGAACUUUUAUUGCAACGAAAAUUCCAAAGUCCUGACUUUUGUGUCCGCUAGCUCUAGCUAGCGGACACAAAAGUUGGGAUUUUGAAACUUUUGUGUCCGCUAGCCCUAGCUAGCGGACACAAAAGUCAGGACUUUGGAAUUUUCGUUGCAAUAGAAAUAAAAUUUUGAAAAUUCGCGGAUUCCCCUACCUCGAAAAGUCAGAAUGUUGGAACUUUUGUCUCCGCUGGCCCUAGCUAGCGGACACAAAAGUUGGGAUCUUGGAACUUUUGUGUCCGCUAGCUCUAGCUAGCGGACACAAAAGUCUGGAUUUCGUAGCUUUUGUGUCCGCUAGCUCUAGCUAGCGGACACAAAAGUUGGGAUUUUGGAGCUUUUGUGUCCGCUAGCUCUAGCUAGCGGACACAAAAGUUGGGACUUUGAAACUUUUGUGUCCGCUAGCCCUAGCUAGCGGACACAAAAGUCAGGACUUUGGAAUUUUCGUUGCAAUAAAAAUAAAAUUUUGAAAAUUCGCGGAUUCCCCUACCUCGAAAAGUCAGAAUGUUGGAACUUUUGUGUCCGCUAGCUCUACGUAGCGGACACAAAAGUCUGAGUUUUGGAAUUUUUGUGUCCGCUAGCUCUACGUAGCGGACACAAAAGUCUGAAUUUUGGAAUUUUUGUGUCCGCUAGCUCUAGCUAGCGGACACAAAAGUUUGGAUUUUGGAACUUUUGUGUCCGCUAGCUCUGCGUAGCGGACGACACAAAAGUCAGGAUUCUCUCCCAGUGCGCUCUCCCCCUUACCAUUUACCUCGAGCUUUAAUCAGCUCAAAGUUAUUCCUACUCGACGUAUCAAAUCAAACCUAAACGACCAGGCCGGGUCGAGAACCAGCCCGCUUACCCUGAGGACGGUCCGAAGCGCGUCGCGAACUCCAGCCAGCCCCGGGCGGAUGUUUUUCUCCAGCUAUUGCAGACCAGACGAGCUCUGCGCGAGGAAACCCCGUGGCCCGUGCCUGUGGUGCCUUCCCGGUUUAACGAAAUGAGCGAAAUUUUGGCGAUCAGGGUGAUCCAGGAGUUUUUGCGGUUGUCCCAGGCCGUGAACAUAGAGAAGGUUGCCUUUUCCGCGAAAUCCCCGGACCGGCUAGAAGACCACACCGUGCAAGUCUACCCCUCGCAUUUGAUAUCCCGGUGCCUGCGGGGAACCUUUAUCGCUGCGGCGCACGCAAACAGGAUGCGGCUGGCCAAGGUGCAGUAAUUUCUAUGAUGGGAUUGAUGUAAGUAAGAAGAUCGUGGCUUGAUCAUGUUUCGCUUUUUUUCCUGUUCCAGCAUAAGAGAUUGCAUCCCCGAUCAUGAUCCCGAUGUUGUGAUACAAGACCAACAAAAAGAAGAGCCCGCACGUUUCACUGCGCCAGCUAUUUGUGAAAACAACAUUGUCAAAGGUCCUGCUGGAUGCUCCGGAUAAGGUAGCGGACACCUCUGGCGCCACGAAACUUGUCGACGUCAACCUGGAAGGCGUGUUUCCGAUCGAACUAUGCAAUACAAAUUUCCCGUACAACAUGUACAAGAUGCAUCACAAAUUUCCCCAAUUCGGCGUUUGAAACUUGUCAUGCUAAACUAGGAUCGAAGCCAAGUUUUGCCAUGCAGAGACCGCAUUUGUACGUGUACGGGAAACUUCCUGUGGAUAAGAACUCCGCCCGCUCCAUCUCGUCUGUGCCUCCGGCUUUGGGCACUUCGCGCAGUUAUUGUUGGACUACAAGGCGGACCCGACAGUCGAGGACGAGCAGGGGCGGAAACCGAUUGAAAAAUUGCAUGGGUUCUAUAACAGCGCAAUUGCCGCGAGUCAGCGGGGAUGAGGUGGUCUUGGUGCGGAGGAGUCCAAGAAAACGGGGCGGGGCAGAGACGCAAAGGAACGAGACGAGCGAGAAGUUUACUUAUUCAUAUGCGACCGUAUUGUUACUGAAUCGAAAAAAGGAUUGAACUGAGAAAAGAAAACAUCACAUUUAGAUACAGACUCGAAGUGAUAAUUCGUUUGACGCUGACGCAAGAGAAAGAUAGCAGAUCCAUUUUACUGAAGCAAUAAAAAACAACAGAAAAUGGCACGCACAGUUUGUUUUAUGAGCUGCAAUGUAACUGCUGUGCCUGUGCUACAGCAGAUGCAAAGUGAGAUUGAACAAUUGUUUCGAUAAGACGCAGAGGUACAUCAGAAUUGCACAGUAGAGCUUGUUAAGACGCGAAAAUUGACUGACAUUUUGAAUAGAGCUAUGUACAGACGCGGAAACUUUUACAGCAUUUUUACCUUCUUGAGCACACUGCCAACACAACUUGGCGGACUACUAUGAGUACUUGGAUCUGAAGAUUGAUCUGGUGGCGCUUGAUGUUGCACAUGUAAAAAAGUAAACCUGAUGUGCUUGUUGAACAGAUGUUACGUCCCAAACAGCAUGCAGCAAGAAGUCGGGCUUGAGCAGUACCGCAAGAAACCCGAGAGAGUGGCCUCGCUCGGCGGAAAUAAAAGAACUCAACGAGGACCAUCGGUCUUGCUGUUCUGAUUUAAUGUUACA